AGAGUUCUGCUACAUCUCUCUUCCCCCUCCGGACACCGACCUCCACAUGAAUCGUAACGAGCCACGGCUUGUUCCGCAGAGCGUCACAUAACUCGAGCUCUUCCAAGGAAUCCACGUCACUUUUGCUCCGAAUCCACCCGAUGAACACCACAAGUGUCGAUCUUCCCAACGCUACCCCCAUCUGUCUUUGCUUGCCUCCCAUGGUGGUUUUGCUUCACAGAAACGGCUUCCAGAACCAUCUUUGUUGUCUCCUUCGUAACGACGACAGGGGGAAGAAGCUUGUAGUGCGGUCACUUCGAUGCUCCUGCGGUCGACCAUAUUUUAUCUCGUACAAAGGUAAGAAAAUUUCAUGCUGUGACAUUGCACAAGAAGACCUAUAAAGCUUGAUGCGCAUCCGUGGAAGGAGUCUCCCUGUUUUGGGUGGUUCUGCUCCUCCACCAAAGAUGCUUGGGGUCUUCAGCGGCGCAGUGGUGAGCCCACCGGAGGAGCUCAUCCGAGCCAGCCACCGCACCCCGACGGCGAUGAAGACCGCGGACAAGCUCCUCGAUGCCUUCCUCAAGAACAACCCAUCCUCCGUUGCCAUCAACAUCGGCAGCGCUGCACGUAUCUCCUACAACCAUCAAAACCAGUCCCUGCUACAACCAAGGUCGUUCGCUGUGAGCGACGAGAUAUUUUGCUUGUUCAAGGGGACGCUGGAGAACCUGCCGAGCCUGAAACACCAUUACGGUCUGGGGAAGAAUGCAAGCGAGGUGGUGCUGGUGAUGGAGGCGUAUCGGGCACUGCGAGACCGCGCUCCUUACCCCACAAACCUCAUGCUCGCUCACCUCGCAGGCAAUUUCGCCUUCAUCGUCUUCGACAACGUCACCUCGACGGUGUUCGCGGCAUCGGACGGAGAUGGUAAGGUGCCCUUGUUCAUGGGGAUAACCGCCGAUGGCUAUCUAGCUUUCUCCGAUGACGCCGAGGAACUAAGAAGUGCAUGCGGGAAAUCAUUGGCUUCAUUUCCGCCAGGCUGUUUCCUGUCGACGUCCACUGGACUCAGGAGCUAUGAGCAUCCGAAGAACAAGGUCACUGCUUUGCCGGCGAUGGAGGAGGAGAUUUGGGGCACAACCUUCAAGGUUGAGAGACCAUAUUUACGAGCGAGAGAGAGGAGUGACACAUGACCAUGGGAAGGGCCUCAAUGUCUCAAUGGCCAACAGAUACAUCCUCCAAACGCCAGUAAUAAAUAUGGCUACUAAGAAUUAUGUAGUGUACCUAAGAAUAAUAUAAUACCGUAAAAGAUUGAUACGUUUAGAAGAGCAGAAGCAGCUUUGACUCGACUGACGCUUCACUGUCAAAGUAGCAUUGGCACGUGAAAGUUCACUGUAUCAGCUCCCCUGUUUGACAGAGACGGAGAGCUCGACGACCAUCCAUAUACAAGGAGCACCAAAAAGAUCUCAGCAGCAGCGCAGCAUUAAAGAACUCCACCACCAACCUUGGCUUGGAGACAAAGUCCGAGCUCACGAUGUGGGGAACAGAGAGCAUAACAUGCGGUACAACACCAGCCAUGCUUUUUUUCCCCCUCGGGCAUCAUCAACACAAGCAUCCACCAAGAAUGGAAGACAGCUUUGAGGGAAUAAGGACAAGCGACCAGUCUUCGAACGCACAGUUUCCAUGGCGAACGCAUUGCAAUAGCCGAACGAAAGCAAGACUAUGUUUUAGAGAAAAAGACCAACAUGCAAUGACAAGGAAAAGUCGUCUUCUUGGGGGCGGCUCUUACAGCUCCGGAAAAACCCAAGAGUCCUCACUCACGAAGCAAAAUUGAACGAAAAUCUCGAAAAACACAUCUCUUUCUUGCUGAGAUAAAUAAUGGUAGCAGUGAUGCUGGAGACUAAGCUGCAAAAUCUUCACGCUAUCAUAGAUCGAAGUCCAUCAAUUGGCUGAGGGCCUCGAGGCUGGGAAAAUCAUCGCCGACGAUGUCGUCAUCAAAGACGGGGAGGCACUCCAGCGGCACGAACUCCUCGUCGAGCAGCACCGACUCGAGAAACGGGUCCGACUCGAAGGGGAACGCCGACUCCAACGAGAAGGGGGACGCCAGCUGUUGCUCCAUCAAGAGCUCCGAGAAGCACCGCUCUGCUCCUGCCGGGGCGGUCUUCUCGGGCGACACCUGGCUAUACUCCGCGAUGGCGGAUGCGGAGAUGUCGAGCACGGAUGAGGGAGAGGGGGGCGCCGCCACAGCCACGGCGUCGGAGUGCAUCGAGACACAGGAUGACGUGGAGGUGGUGGUGGAGUUGGAGGACACGUCGGCGGCGAGGAUUUUCUUCUCAGACUGAAAGCGGCGCGCAGCAGCCGCGUAAGCUGCGGCGGCUGCCUCCGCGGUGUCGUAAGUGCCGAGCCAAAUCCUGACGCCGCGGAUGGGGUCACGGAUCUCGGCCGCCCAUUUCCCCCAAGGACGCUGCCUGACCCCCUUAAACUUGACGGGGGAGGUGCCGGAAGUCGAAUUCACCGAGCCGAGUGUUAUGACCUUCGGCCUCCGGGAGUUUUUGGGUUUCCUUCCGCUGCUCUCCUCCGACGAGGCUUGCAAGAGCGACAAAGGGAAUGUGGGAAGCACCGAGAACUCGUGAAUCGCCCUCUUCUUUCGGCAGGAGUAGUUCAUCCCCUCGUCGUCGCUCGACUCCGUGGCGUCGGGAUCGUCGAAGACGACGCGGAUUCUUCUUGCGAGUAGUCUGGAUUGGAGUUGGGAAGCGGCAUCGGUUCGGUGGCGUUGCUUCUUCCCCCUCCUCCUCAGCGGCUUAUGAUGCUGUUUCCCACACAAGCGCUCACAGGGCGUCAUUUCUCCUCUCAAAAUCGAAAAAAAAAGGAAAAAUAAAA